AGACUCAUUUCAUUGCAGUGACAAAGAGAGAGCAGACAUGAAACCUGGUGGGGUUAAGCCAUUCCUCCCAUGGCUGCCUUUGCUCGUUGUACCAGCUGUUUUGUGGAUAACCCUGGACCAUUUCCUUCGCUUGAAAGCAUCUCAUCACAACAGAAGCUUAGUCCGUAGACCCAACGAGGACAGUGUACAAAGAGACGAGGAGAAGGAGUUAUCAGAGAAACUACACAACGUCUUACUGCAGCUCGAGGAGAUCACCAAAUGCCCGGUCUGCUUUGAUACUUUGACUGGAGACGUGGUUCAGUGCAUUUCUGGGCACGGAAUAUGUAUUCAAUGUCGCCGCAAGAUGAACAUUUGCCCAACUUGUAAGCAACGGUUCCUGAGCAGCAAACCAACUAUGUUGAACCAAAUUUUAGAGAUUCUACCUGCACUUUGUCCAUUUGCUGAUAGAGGCUGCAAGGAAAUAUUCUUCCCCAAGAAUCAUCAGGCUCACUGCGAAUUCCGAACCUUCAAAUGUCCCAUCGUCAGGCUCAAUCAUCGUUGUAAUUGGAUGGGUGCUGUGAAGCAUUUCAGAGUUCAUUUCAUGCGCAACCACAACGGACAUUAUGUGAUCUAUAGUCUUGGAACAUCUAAGAAACUGUUCUACAACAACUUCAACAAGAACUGGCUACAACAAGAGUAUCUCCACUCGGUAGAUGAUAACUUGUUUCUAGUGACCGGCACAAAAGAUUUAUCUCGGCAGAUUUUUGUACAAUCAGUGAGACAUAUUCCCCUUAGAGAACCGACAAACACCUACUACUUUGCGCUCACUAUAUCAUCAAAUGGCAUAACCUACAAACACACCACAAAGGCAGUCCCUUACGACGAGUGUGAGAUGAUCAGUAUGGGUCCCCACUGCAUGGUAGUGCCUCUAGAAGAGGUUGGUGCCUUAGUGAAUGAACAAGGAGGAUUGGAAGUUACUUUCCAAGUGAUGAAGCAUAAAAAGUAAGCUGUGACAGUUUGGAUUGUUCAGCGUACAAUGUCGUACAAGUCUUAUGGGAGACAUUAUGUUGAUUGAACUGCAGGUUACACCACUUGCCCUUGUAAAGGCGCUAAAGUACAUUUAACUUAUUUCUGCAAAUUUCUGCAUUUUAUUUUUGUCCUGAUGAUUUGGAACUUAACUCUGGUAGUCAAAAUUACUAUACAGUAAUACUAAUAUAGCGCAAGAAAAAAGUAAACACACAACAAGCGUUUAAAGUCGCUAAGACCCCAGUUUGGAAUAUAUGGCUUAUGGAAGUGAAUGUGAAAUGGACUAUAGACUAUCUACUGCGCUGAUACACAGCGAAAGGCAACAUUAUAGAUUUUAUAUUAUAUGUUGCAUGCAUAAUACUAAUUUAACAUUUAUUCUUAAAUAUUACUGGGAAGUUAAAACUUUGUUUGAAAUAUCUUAAAUAUACCCUUUUUGCACUUGUUACAUAAAUAACUUCUUGAUUAGCAUUGUACGUGUUAUCAAAUUACCUGAAAGCACAAAAAAUAUGUCAAAUAACACUUAUAAUAAUAUAUUUACACUUAUACUGUUUACUCAAAAGCCAGUAGGCCUAAAUACAUAUAACAGAUGGUAAGUGGUUACUAUCUUACCACUUACCACCACUUACCAUCUUUUAUAUGUAUUUGUCGUCUUGUAAGUAAACAGUAUAAAUGUAAAUCUAUUAUUAUAAGUGUUAUUUUAUGUAUUUUUUGUGCUUUCAGGCACUUGUUAUAUACACAAAAAUAAAUUAUAAAUCAUCAGAUGUUCGAUAAAAUGAAAUAACAUCUAUAAUUGUUUAUCUAUUUAUAAAACCUUAUUUAUUGACUAAGGAUGAACCUUGUUAUUUAGAACUUAAGUUUAAUGUCAAAAUUUAUUUUGUAUUUAAUACAGACUCAGACUAGGAUUCUGUCUUGUAUAUAUACUAUUGUUAUUAAAUUUAUCCUACUAA